AUGCUGGCAACUUGGGCAUCACAGGCAGUGCCCUCGAAACCACCCUCGCUGCAACCCCCCCUGGCCGGGCAACCACCUUCGCCGACCCAAUCCCUCUCGCCGCCAGCGCUGCCGGCCAGCGUGCCGCCCAGCGUGUCGGCCCCUACAAGCUACGGCGGUGUGGACGUGGCGGGGUUGGCGCCGUUCAUCGCGGGCACGGCGGCGUGCAUGCUCGCCUUCUUCGCCGUCGGCCUCCUCGUCUCCCUCGUGCUGCGCUGCCCCCGCGUCCUCGCCUCCGUCCUUCCUAGUAGCCUCCUCGUUAUUCUCAUCCACGACGCGGACCUCCCCGAUGGGCUUGCCGCUAGUCGCACGGCGACGUCGCACGGCGACGAGAAGAGUCGCGGAAUAGAUCCUGCGACGUUGGCGACAUUCCCCGUGGUAACCUUUCGAGGGCUCGCGGGGGGCAGCAGCAGCGGAAGGGCCGGCGUCGGUUGCAAGGGGGAGCGCGGCAAGGAGAGGCGCGGCAGCAGCGCUGCGAGGUAUCAGCCCGUGCGGUACGCGCUGCCGCGGGAUGAAGCGCCUGCGGCUCGACUUAGCGAAAACCAAACGCUCGUUAACUCGGUUACUGAUAUCACAGAGAACGGGCUGGCAGGAAAAGCGGAACGACGCGAGGGAUCCUUACGGGUAGAGUCACCAGUGGAACAAAGGCAAGGCGCAGCAGUAGGCGCAGCAGUGGGCACAGGCGCAGAGAGCACGGAGAAGAUGGUAAUGCCGACGGGAGGAUCGGAAAGGACUGAGACGAUGGUGCCUGGCGUGGCAGGCGGGGAAGGAACAGAGAGCAGCGCAGAGUGCGACGAGCGGGGUGCGACGGCGUGCGACGGGGGGUGUGCGACGGAGUGCGAGGAGGUUGGUGCGACGGAGUGCGCGGUGUGUCUGAGCGACUUCUCGGACGGGGAGCAGCUGCGGUGCCUGCUGCCGUGCGCGCACCGCUUCCACGUGGCGUGCAUCGAUUGCUGGCUCCUCUCGCACACCACCUGCCCCGUGUGCCGCACGGCGCUAGAGCCGCGCAAAGAUGACGUGGCACUGGAAACUGGCUGA